AUGGCGUCGACGUCAGCGUCGCAGGCGAUAUUUUCGUCGCCGUCGCCAGAGGCUUUCCUGGCGCCGGUCGAUCUACCGAAUGCAGCAGCCGUUGUGGAGACUCUCCGCACACUUUGUACAGAAUUGUUGUCGCGGCGACGUACCAAAACGACAUCGCCGUCGUCGUUUCACGUCAAGUGCUGUCGAUCCUUAAUCCGUACAAUCCUCGUCAUCUCCAUCCUCCUCGAUUCCUGCUGCUGCAAUUUAAGCUUCUCUGAAUUCUUCACCCCCACGGCGCUCUUAUGCUUCAAGGAGUUGUACCUCCUGCUUUACCGCUCCAAAAUCCUCAUCGACUACGUCCAAGGCUCCACCUCCUUGUGGCUGCUCCUCCACCAUCACACCAUUUCAGCUCAUUUCCACCACCUCAACAAUGAAUUCUCCACACUUUUAGACGUCUUCCCUUUGGCUGAAAUUCAAUUCAGCAAAGAUGAUGAUGUGCAAGAACACAUACAAUUGUUGAGGAAGCAAUCCAACAUGCCCAAGAAACUAUCGAUCUCCGACGACGCAUGCAUCGAUGUUCUUCGGUUGAGGCUUUACUACUUCUUGAACGAAAUGGAGAACGGGAGGAUCCCCGGAAGGAAGGAAUUGGAUACAUUCUUCGCCGGAGAGCUCGGGAUUGCGAGUGCAAAAAGCUUCAGGGCUGAGAUAAACUUCUUUGAGGAGCAAAUGGUUAACCAUGGUGGGGAUGUUGUGCCUACAGCCUCAAUUGUGCAUGGACUUUUAGCUUUGCUGAGGUACUGCAGGUUCUUGAUGUUUAGCUUCGAAGACGAAGAUGACGAACCGGAGAAAUGGAGGCGGAGGUCGAUGAAGAAAGGGUUGAUCAGCAAAGAGAUUGCAGAGACAUUCAAGACGAUCCCUAAGGAUUUCUGCUGUCCGAUAUCGUUGGAUUUGAUGCAGGAUCCGGUUCUGGUGUCGACCGGGCAAACAUAUGAUCGAUCGUCGAUUGAGAGAUGGAUGGAGGAAGGGCAAUGUAACUGUCCCAAAACAGGGCAGAUGCUUCUACAUACUGAUCUCGUGCCAAACCAAGCGUUGAGAAGUUUGAUUUCGCAAUGGACUACGGCGAAUGGGAUUCCCUAUGGUCUUAUAGACAAUGUCGAUUGUGAUUUUUGCGCCGGGAAGGGGGCAGCCGAAGCUAAUAAAGCUACCGUAAAUCUGCUAGUCGAAGAACUGGCGAAUGGCACGACGAGGGCCAAGGCUGUGGCGGCAAGGGAGAUUCGAAUGUUGGCGAAAAUGGGAAUGGAAAACCGGGCUUGCAUAGGCGAGGCUGGAGCAAUUCCGCUGCUCGGACAGCUGCUUUUGUCUGAAGACAUCGAUGCACAGGAGAAUUCUGUAACUGCAAUGCUGAACUUGUCUAUAUACGACAAGAACAAGAGCAGGAUAAUCCAGGCCGAAGCAUGUUUGGGUGCGAUCGUCACUGUCUUGAGGCGCGGCCACACGACCGAGGCGAGGGAGAAUGCCGCAGCGACAUUGUUCAGUCUGUCGGCUGUCCACGACUACAAGCGACGUAUCGCCUGGGAAGACGGCGCCGUAGAAGCCUUGGCCGGUUUGCUGAGCAACGGAACUUCGAGAGGGAAGAAAGACGCUGUCACAGCUCUGUACAACCUAUCCACCCACAAUGACAACUGCCGGAGAAUGAUAGACUCGAGAGCUGUGGCAGCGCUGAUAGCCGCCCUCAGAUGCGAAGGCGUAUCUGAAGAAGCUACAGCUGCAUUGGCGCUGAUCGCGCGCCGGCACAUCGGAGCGGCGGCAGUGGGGAAGGAGGCGGCGGCGGUGGCGGGGCUUGUUGGAGUGUUGCGGUCCGCGACUCCCAGAGGUAAAGAAAACGCGGCGGCAGUGCUGCUUGAGCUCUGCAGGAGCGGCUGCGCGGAGAGGGUGGUUAAGGCACCGGAGCUGGCCAGUUUGGUGCAGGUCUUGCUUUUUACGGGGACGAAGAGGGCGCGGAGGAAGGCGGCGUCGCUGGCACGGGUUUUCCGGCGGUGCGAGGGCGACGGCGACGGCGCCGCCGCUUCCUUGCACUUGGGAGGAUUGGGAGUUGGGUAUGCAUUUGCUGGUGAUGUUGCAUUGUCAUCUGUCUCCAUUUCAGUGUCUGUGUUGUGA